CCAACCCGCAGGUGGAUGGUGCCCUCCGGGACUGGGCUUCCCUGCCCGCCGGGCUCGGGGGCUUUGGGGGGGGGGUGAGCAGAUGACCCCGACCUCGGCCGCCGGAGGCUCUAGCCGCGAGCACAGGACAGGAGUAGGAUGUGAUGGACAGAACUAUGGGACACUGCGUGGGGAGAUGGCCACCCCCUUCCUGCCUCAUUCUGCUUUUCCUCAAGCUUGUGGCCACCAUGUCCCUGGAGCCCCCCAGGUCCCCAGGCUUCCACUUCACCCAUGCCAUGUACAAUGCCAGUGUGUAUGAGAACUCGGCAGCCAGGACUUAUGUCAGCAGCCCGAGCAGGAUGGGCAUCAGCCUUGGCGACCUGUCCUGGGACAUCAAGUUCCGGAUCGUGUCAGGGGAUGAGGAGGGCUUCUUCAAAGCCGAAGAGGUCCUUAUCGCAGACUUCUGCUUCCUCCGGAUCAGGACAAAGGGUGGCAACUCUGCCAUCCUCAACAGGGAGAUCCAGGACAGCUACCUGCUGGUAGUGAAGGGCUCUGUACGCGGAGAGGACCUGGAAGCAUGGACCAAAGUGAGCAUCCAGGUGCUGGACAUGAAUGACCUGCGGCCGCUAUUCUCCCCAACUACGUACUCAGUCACUGUGGCUGAGAGCACACCCCUGAGGACCAGCGUGGCCCAGGUAACUGCCACAGAUGCUGACAUCGGCUCCAAUGGAGAGUUCUACUACUACUUCAAAAGCAAGGUGGACCUCUUCUCUGUCCACCCCACCAGUGGGGUUGUCUCCCUCAGUGGGCGGCUGAACUACGAUGAAAAGAGCAGAUAUGACCUGGAGGUGCUGGCCGUGGACCGGGGCAUGAAGCUGUACGGGAACAACGGGGUGAGCAGCACCGCCAAGCUGCUGGUGCACGUGGAGCGCGUGAACGAGCACGCACCCAGCUUGCGGGUCGUCUCACACGUGCCCUCCCCUGUGGAGCUGGAGCCCACCUUCGCUGUGGUGACGGUGGAGGACCUGGAUGAGGGCACCAAUGGGGAGGUGGAGGCCCUGUCCAUUGUGGCCGGGGACCCGCUGGAGCAGUUCCUCCUGGCCAGGGAGGGCAGGUGGGCCAACGCUUUUACGCUCAAGAAGAGGAGGCCUGUGGACUGGGACAGCUUUCCCUAUGGCUACAACCUCACCCUCCAAGCCAAAGAUAGGGGUUCGCCUCCGAGAUUCUCUGCGGCUAAGGUCAUCCACGUGGCCAACCCCAGAAGAGACUCAGCCCCAGUGAGAUUCGAGCAAGAUGUGUACGAGGUGAGCAUCAGUGAGUUUUCUCCCCCCGGCGUCAUGGUGGCAAUUGUCAGGUUGAUGCCAGAGCCACCGGGCCCAGAGUACAAGCUGUCUCCCGGGGAAGACUCCAUCUACUUCAAGAUCAACCCCCACUCUGGGCUGAUCGUCACUGCCCGGCCCCUCAACACCGUGAGGAAGGAGGUGUACCAUCUGGAGGUGACGGGCAGGGACGGGAACCCCAAGGCACAGGUCACUGUGGGCAUCGAGGACGCUAAUGACCACACUCCCGAGUUUGAGCAGUCACUGUAUGAGGCAUCUGUGAACGAGAGCGUGCCUGUAGGGACGGCCGUACUGACAGUCUCGGCUGUGGACAAGGACCGGGGUGAGAAUGGCUACAUUACCUACAGCAUCGCCAGCCUGGGCGCACUGCCCUUCGCCAUCAACCAGUUCACAGGGCUGCUCCACACCACCAGAGAGCUGGACUUUGAGUCCUCCCCAGAGACGUACCACUUUGUGGUCAGGGCUUCUGACUGGGGCUCUCCAUACCGCCACGAGAGCGAGGUCAACAUAACCAUCCACGUGGUGAACGUGAAUGACAACAGCCCUGUCUUCGAGAAGGUGGCCUGCCAGGGCAUCAUCUCCCAGGACUUUCCCGUCGGGGGCCACGUCACAGCUGUGUCUGCCAUAGACAUCGAUGAGCUUGAGUUGGUCAAGUAUAAAAUCCUGUCUGGCAAUGAGCUGGGCUUCUUCCAUCUGAACCCGGACUCAGGUGUUCUGCAGCUCACCAAGUCGCUGGCAGGCUUGGGCAUCCAGAAUGACCACUUUGCCUUGAGGAUCACGGCCACAGAUGGGGAGAAGCUGGCUGAGCCCAUGUCUGUGAACAUUUCUGUACUGCCUGGGCAGGUGCCGCCCACGAGCAUCAACUGCAGGGAGACCCGUGCAGCACAGAGGCUGGCGGAGAAGCUGCUCCUCAAGGCCAAGGCCAAUGGCAGGCUGAACCAGGAGGGCGGCUUUCUGGACUUCUACUCCGUGAACCGGCAAGGGCCUCGCUUUGACAAGUCCUUCCCCUCCGACGUGGCUGUGCGUGAGGACCUGCCUGUGGGCUCCAGCAUCCUCAGGAUCGGUGCCUCAGACCCGGAUGCUGGCUUCAACGGAAAAGUGCUGUUCACCAUCUCGGACGGGAACACGGACAGCUGUUUCAGCAUCGGCAUGGAGACAGGGCAGCUACAAGUGCUCUUGCCCAUGGAUCGGGAGCACCGGGACCUCUACCUGCUCAACAUCACCAUCUACGACCUGGGUAGCCCACAGAGGGCUGCCUGGCGCCUGCUUACCAUCAACGUGGAGGAUGCCAACGACAACAGCCCGCUCUUCCUGAGGGACAGCUACACGGUGAGCAUUCCCGAGAGCUGCAGCAUCGGCACAGAGAUCAUACAGGUAGAGGCCCACGACAGGGACCUGGGCGCCAAUGGCCAGGUGGCUUACUCUGUCCUGACUGACACACAGCACUUUGCCAUCAACAGCUCCACAGGGGUUGUCUCUGUGGCUGACCAGCUGGACCGAGAGGCCCAGGCCAACUACUCUCUGAAGAUAGAAGCCAGGGACAAGGCGGAAGGUGGCCGGCAGCUGUUCUCAGUGGUUACCCUGCAGGUAAUCCUGGAGGAUGUGAACGACUGCUCCCCAGCCUUCAUCCCCAGCAGUCACAGUGUGAAGGUGUUGGAGGACCUGCCUGUGGGCACGGUCAUUGCCUGGCUGGACACAUAUGACCCGGACCUGGGGCUGGGGGGCCAGGUGCGCUACUCCCUGGUCAACGACUACAAUGGGUGGUUUGAGGUGGAUAAGACCAGCGGCGCUGUGCGCCUGAGCCAGGAGCUGGACUAUGAGAAGCAGCAAUUCUACAACCUCACAGUGCGUGCCAAGGACCGUGGCCGGCCGGUCUCUCUGUCCUCUGUGUCCUUCGUGGAGGUGGAGGUGGUGGACGUCAAUGAGAACCUGCAUGCCCCCUACUUCCCUGACUUUGCCACCGUGGGGACGGUGCGAGAGGGUUCAAGUGUGGGGACCAGUGUGCUGCGGGUGGUGGCCCGGGACGAGGAUGAAGGGCGUGACGGGGAGGUGCAGUACUCCCUGCGGGACGGCACUGGGCUGGGUCGUUUCAGCAUCGACGACGAGAGUGGAGUCAUCUCUACUGCUGACAUUCUUGAUCGAGAGACAAUGGGGUCAUACUGGCUGACAGUGUAUGCCACAGAUCGAGGCGUUGUCCCUCUCUACUCCAUGAUUGAGGUCUACAUUGAAGUUGAAGAUGUGAAUGACAAUGCCCCACUGACCUCAGAACCCAUUUAUUACCCUGCUGUCAUGGAGAACUCUCCAAAGGAUGUGUCUGUCAUUCAGAUCCAGGCUGAGGACCCUGACUCUAGUUCCAGCGACAAACUGACAUACAGGAUUACAAGUGGAAAUCCUCAAAACUUUUUUGCCAUCAAUAUCAAAACAGGUAUGAUUACGACCACGUCAAGGAAACUGGAUCGAGAACAGCAGGCAGAACAUUUUCUGGAGGUCACCGUAGCAGAUGGCGGUCCCUCUCCAAAGCAGUCAACCGUUUGGGUGUUGGUUCAGGUCCUGGAUGAGAACGACAACAAGCCAGAGUUCCCAGAGAAGGUGUACCAGAUCAGGCUGCCUGAGCGGGACAGGAAGAAGAGGGGUGAGCCCAUUUACAGGGCCUUUGCCUGGGACAGAGACGAGGGCCCCAACGCAGAGAUCGCCUACAGCAUCGCGGACGGGAACGAGGACGGCCGUUUUUUCAUCGACCCGAAAACCGGCAUGGUGUCCUCCAGAAAGCAGUUCAGCGCAGGCAGCUAUGACAUCCUUACGAUCAAGGCAGUGGACAACGGACGCCCACAGAAGUCCUCCACGGCCCGCCUCCACAUCGAGUGGAUCAAGAAGCCGACCCCCUCACCUGUCCCACUGACAUUUGACGAGCCUUUUUAUAACUUCACCGUCAUGGAAAGUGACAAAGUCACCGAGAUUGUGGGUGUGGUGUCCGUGCAGCCAGCCAGCACGCCCCUGUGGUUUGACAUCGUUGGCGGCAAGCAUGCUCGAGAGAUGUUCUAUAUUCUACAGACAGCUUGUGGGCAGAACUGUUCAACAGAAGGGGGGAAUUUUGACAGCUCUUUUGACGCAGAGAAGGGUGUUGGGACCAUUGUCAUCGCCAAGCCUUUGGAUGCAGAGCAGAGGUCCAUCUACAACAUGACUGUGGAAGUCACCGAUGGGACAAAUAUUGCUGCUACCCAGGUCUUCAUCAGAGUGCUGGACAAUAAUGACAAUGGGCCAGAAUUCUCCCAGCCCAGUUACGAGGUGACCAUAUCAGAGGAUGUGCUUCCAGAUACUGAAAUCUUGCAGAUGGAAGCCAUAGACAGGGAUGAGAAGCACAAGCUAAGCUACACGGUACACAGCAGUAUUGAUUCGGCCAGCAUGAGGAAGUUCCGCAUCGACCCCAGCUCUGGCCUGCUCUACAUGGCCGAGAGGCUGGACCAUGAGGCCCAGGACAAACACAUCCUCAACAUCAUGGUCAGAGAUCAGGAGUUUCCUUACCGAAGAAACCUGGCCCGUGUUGUGGUACACGUGGAAGACGCCAACGACCACAGCCCCGUCUUCACCAGCCCACUGUACGAGGCAUCCGUGUUUGAAUCAGCCGCUCUGGGGUCAGCUGUGCUGCAGGUGACAGCCCUGGACAAAGACAGAGGGGAAAACGCAGAGCUCCUCUACACCAUCGAGGCAGGAAACACUGGGAACACAUUUAGGAUUGAGCCUGUGCUGGGCAUUAUCACUGUCUCCAAAGAGCCAGACAUCACCUCCCAGGGGCAGUUUGUCCUGUCGGUGAAAGCCACAGACCAGGGCUCCCCGCCCAUGUCAGCCACGGCCAUCGUGCGCAUCUCUGUCACCAUGUCUGACAAUGCACAGCCCAGGUUCACUCACAGAGACUACCAGGCAGAAGUCAGCGAGAAUGUGGACGCUGGCAUGUCCGUCAUCCUCAUCUCAGCUGUCAGCCAGUCCAGCCUCGUGUACGAGGUCAGGGAUGGAAAUGUCGGCAGCGCCUUCACCAUAAACCCCUACUCAGGAGUCAUCACCACACGCAAGGCCCUGGAUUAUGAGCGCACAUCCUCCUACCAGCUCAUCGUGCAGGCCACCAACAUGGCGGGAAUGGCUUCCAAUGCCACUGUCAACAUCCAGGUGGUGGAUGAGAAUGACAAUGCCCCCGUGUUUCUCUGUGCUCAGUACUCAGGCCGCCUCAGUGAGGCCGCCCCAGUCAACAGCGUUGUCCGGAGUGCGGACAGCAAUCCCCUUGUCAUUAGAGCCACUGACGCCGACAGCAACCGGAAUGCCCUGCUUGUGUACCAGAUCGUGGAGUCCACGGCCAAAAAGUUCUUCACGGUGGAUUCCAGCACCGGCGCAAUCAGGACCAUCGCAAACCUGGACCACGAAACCAUUGCCCACUUCCACUUCCAUGUGCACGUGAGAGACAGUGGUAGCCCCCAGCUGACAGCCGAGAGCCCCGUGGAGGUCAGCAUUGAGGUGACGGAUGUGAACGACAGCCCGCCAGCCUUCACCCAGGCUGUGUUUGAGUCUGUAUUGCUGCUGCCCACCUGUGUUGGAGUGGAGGUGCUGAAGGUCAGUGCCACAGACCCCGACUCCGAGCUGCCCCCUGAGCUGACCUACAGCCUGGUGGAGGGCAGUGCUGGCCACUUUGUGAUGGACUCCACAACGGGUGUGCUCACCGUGAAAGAUAGCAGCCUCUCCAAAGACCACUACAUGCUGGUCAUAAGAGUGUCUGAUGGGAAGUUCCACAGCACAGCCAUGGCCAACAUCUUGGUCAAGGAAGCCCUGGACAGUGGCCUCCACUUCACCCAGAACGUUUAUUCCUCCUCCAUCUCAGAGAACAGCACCAGCAUAGCCAGGGUGGCAGUUGUCAACGCCAUCGGAAACCACCUCAACGAACCCUUGAAAUACAGCAUCUUAAACCCAGGGGACAAGUUUAGGAUAAAGCCGACCUCGGGCGUCAUCGAGACCACCGGUGUGCCCUUCGACCGUGAAGAGCAGGAGCUAUAUGAGCUACUGGUGGAGGCCAGCCUGGAACUGGAACACCUGCGUGUGUCCAGGGUGGCUGUGAGGGUCACCGUGGAGGACAUCAACGACAACAGCCCCAUUUUCGUGGGCCUUCCCUACUAUGCCGCUGUGCAGGUGGACGCCCAGCCCGGGACCCUCAUCUACCGGGUCAUGGCCAUCGACCAGGACAGAGGCGCCAACGGAGAAGUGACCUAUGCACUCCAGGACGACUACGGCCACUUUGAGAUCCACCCACGCUCGGGGAAUGUCAUCUUAAAGGAGGUGUUCAGCUCAGACCUGUCCAACAUGGAGUACGGUGUCACCGUGUUGGCCAGAGAUGGUGGGAGCCCCUCUCUGUCCACCUCGGUAGAGCUGCCCAUCACCAUUGUCAACAAGGCCAUGCCCGUGUUUGACAAGCCCUUCUACACAGCAUCCAUCAGCGAGGACGUCGGCGUGGACACCCCCAUCCUGAGCAUCAACGCCACCAGCCCAGAAGGCCAAGGGGUCAUCUACGUCAUUGUGGACGGGGACCUCUAUAGGCAGUUCAGCGUGGACUUUGACACUGGUGUCCUGAAGGUCGCCAGCCCCUUGGACUAUGAGAUGGCUCCUGCCUACAAGCUGACAGUCAGAGCCAGCGACGCCCUGACUGGGGCCAGGGCUGAAGUUGCCGUGGAUGUGCUGGUGAGCGACGUGAAUGACAGCCCCCCAGUCUUUGACCAGCCCUCCUACAACACCACGCUGUCAGAGGCCUCACUCAUCGGAACACCGGUCCUGCAGGUGGUAUCCGUGGACGCGGACUCGGCAAACAACAGGCUGGUGCGCUACCAGAUCAUGCAGGACCCCGACAACAGCACGGACUACUUCCACAUCGACAGCGCCAGCGGCCUGAUCCUCACGGCCCGGGCACUAGACCACGAGCUGGUGCAGCGUUGCACCCUGAGAGUUCGUGCCACUGACGGUGGCUUCCCGCCCCUGAGCAGCGAGGUGCUAGUGCACAUCUCCAUCUCCGAUGUGAACGACAAUGCGCCCAUCUUUAACCAGCUCCUCUAUGAGUCCUAUGUGAGCGAGCUGGCACCCCGAGGCCACUUUGUGACCUGCGUGCAGGCCUCCGACUCAGACACCGCCGACUCUGACCGGCUGGAGUACAGCAUCCUCUCCGGGAACGACCGCACCAGCUUCCUGAUGGACAGCAGGAGUGGGGUCAUCACGCUGUCUGGCCACCGGAAGCAGCGCAUGGAGCCCCUGUACAGCCUCAACGUGUCAGUGUCUGAUGGGCUCUUCACCAGCACUGCUCAGGUGCACAUCCGUGUCCUGGGAGCCAACCUCUAUAGCCCUGCCUUUGCCCAGAGCACCUACGUCACGGAGGUGAGAGAGAACGCAGCCACCGGGACCAGGGUCAUCCACGUCCGGGCCACAGACGGGGACCCCGGCCCCUACGGGCAGGUCAGCUACUCCAUCAUCAACGAUGUUGCCAAGGACAGGUUCCUCAUAGACAGCAAUGGACAGGUGCUCACCACAGAGAGGCUGGACCGGGAGAACCCCCUGGAGGGAGACGUCAGCAUCUUCCUGAGGGCCCUGGACGGCGGCGGGAGAGCCGCCUUCUGCACGGUGCGGGUGAUUGUCCUAGACGAGAAUGACAAUGCCCCCCAGUUCCUCACCAUGGAGUACAGAGCCAGUGUCCGGGCAGACGUGGGCAGGGGCCACCUGGUGACGCAGGUUCAAGCCACUGACCCCGACGACGGGGCCAAUGCCCGGAUCACCUACUCCCUGUACAGUGAGGCCUCUGUCUCAGUGGCUGACCUGCUGGAAAUUGACCCUGACAAUGGCUGGAUGGUCACCAAGGGCAGCUUCCACCAGCUGAGAAACACAGUGCUGUCCUUCUUUGUCAAGGCUGUGGACGGGGGUGUCCCAGUGAGGCACGCCCUCAUCCCAGUCUACAUCCACGUCCUGCCCCCUGACACGCUCCUGCCCGCCUUCGCCCAGCCCCAGUACUCUUUCUCUGUGCCGGAGGACAUGGCCAUUGGGAGCACACUGGAUGUGCUGCGGGUCUUGCCUGCCCAGAGUGUCAGGUUCAGCACCUUCAAUGGUGAGCGGCCAGAAAACAACAGAGGGGCCGUCUUCAUCAUAGAGCAGGACACAGGCACCAUCAAGCUGGAUAAGCGCCUUGACCGCGAGGCCAGCCCCACUUUCCACUUCAAGGCGGCUGCCACCAUGCCCCUGGACAAGGUGGACAUCGUCCUCACCGUGGACAUCGAGGUCAAGGUACUGGACCAGAAUGACAACAGGCCCAUCUUUGAGACCGCCAACUAUGAGGCCAUUGUGAUGGAAGGCAUGCCCGCAGGCACCAGGCUCACACAGGUCAGAGCGGUGGAUGCAGACUGGGGGGCCAAUGGGCAGGUCACCUACUCCCUGCAUUCAGACACCCAGCCCGAGAGGGUGGCGGAAGCCUUCAGUAUCGACAGCAACACGGGCUGGAUCAGCACCCUCAAGGACCUGGACCAUGAGAUGGACCCUGCCUUCAGCUUCUCCGUGGUGGCCGCCGACCUUGGCGAGGCCUUCUCUCUCUCCUCCUCGGCCCUGGUCUCCGUCAGGGUGACGGACAUCAAUGACAAUGCACCUGUCUUUGCCCAGGAGCUGUAUCGAGGGAGCGUGAAAGAGAGCGACCCCCCGGGUGAAGUGGUGGCUGUCCUGAGCACGUGGGACAGAGACACAUCCCACAUCAACCGCCAAGUCAGCUACCACAUCACAGGAGGGAACCCCCGAGGAAGGUUCGCCCUGGGGCUGGUGCAGAGCGAGUGGAAGGUCUACGUGAAGAGGCCUCUAGACAGAGAGGAGCAAGACCUUUACUUCCUCAACAUCACCGCCACCGACGGGCUCUUUGUCACACAGGCCAUGGUGGAAGUGAGCGUCAGUGACGUCAAUGACAACAGCCCCGUAUGCGACCAGGUUGCAUAUACAGCACUGUUUCCUGAAGACAUUGCACCAGACAAAAUCAUCCUGAAGGUCAGUGCCACGGACGCCGAUAUUGGAUCCAAUGGAGAGAUACGAUACUCACUCUACGGAUCUGGAAACAAUGAGUUCUUUCUAGAUCCUGAAAGUGGUGAGUUGAAGACCGUGGCCACACUGGACCGGGAGAGGGUCCCUGCCUACAGCCUGGUGGCCAGGGCCACUGACGGAGGUGGCAGGUUCUGCCAGGCUGCCCUCCAACUGCUCCUGCAAGACGUGAACGACAGCCCCCCAGUGUUCUCCUCCCCCCACUACGAGGCCUCCGUCUAUGAGAACACAGCCGCCAAAGCACUGCUGACCAGGGUGCAGGCUGUGGACCCCGACCUGGGUAUCAACAGGAGGGUGGCCUACUCACUGGUUCAUGCAGCCGGCGGCCUCUUCUCCAUCGACAGUGAGUCAGGCAUCGUGGUACUGGAGCAGCCGCUGGACCGGGAGCAGCAGGCAUCCUACAACCUCAGUGUGCAAGCCACUGACCAGAGCCCCGGGCCGGCCCUGUCCUCGCUGGCCACCAUCACCAUCACCGUGCUGGACGUCAACGACAACCCCCCGGUGUUUGAGAGGCGGGACUACCUGGCCACCGUGCCCGAGGACACUGCCCCCGGCACCCAGGUGCUGGCCGUCUUUGCCACCAGCAAGGACAUCGGCACCAACGCUGAGAUCACCUACCUCAUCCGGUCUGGGAACGAGCAAGGGCACUUCGGGAUCCACCCGAAGACAGGGAGCAUUUCUGUCUCUGGAGUCCUGGACUAUGAGCAGUGCAGCAAGUUUUACCUGGUGGUGGAAGCCAAAGACGGGGGCACACCUGCUCUCAGUGCCAUGACUACGGUCAGCAUCAACCUCACAGAUGUCAAUGACAACCCCCCGCAGUUCAGCCAAGACGUCUACAGCACUGUCAUCAGCGAGGAUGCCCAGGUCGGGGACUCAGUCAUCUUGCUGCUGGCAGAGGAUGCUGACAGCCAGCCCAACAGCCAGAUUCGGUUCUCCAUCAUCAGUGGUGACCGGGAUGGCGAGUUUGCCGUGGAGCCUGUGCUGGGACUUGUCAGGGUCCAGAAGAAGCUGGACCGGGAACGGGUGUCUGGAUACUCACUGCUGGUCCAGGCAGUAGACAGUGGCCUUCCUGCUCUGUCCACCACGGCCACGGUCAACAUUGACAUUUCUGACGUGAACGACAAUGGCCCAGUGUUCACCCCCGCAAACUACACAGCAGUGAUCCAGGAGAACAAGCCGGCAGGCACCAGCAUCCUGCAGCUAGUGGUGACAGACAGAGACUCCUUCCACAAUGGGCCGCCCUUCUCCUUCUCCAUCAUGUCGGGGAACGAGCGGGAGGAGUUCAUGCUGGACCCGCACGGGGUCCUACGCUCCGCCGUGGUCUUCAGGCAGUCGGGGGCACCGGAGUACAUGCUGCGUGUCCAGGCCAAGGACUCUGGCCGGCCGCAGCAGGAGUCUCAGGCCUACGUGCGCGUGCGGGUCAUCGAGGAGAGUGUGCACAAGCCCACCGCUGCUCCCCUGGAGAUCUUCGUGGUCACCAUGGAGGACGAUUUCCCAGGCGGAGUCAUCGGGAAGGUGCACGCCUCCGACCAGGACGUGUAUGACGUGCUCACCUUCGCCCUCAAAUCGGAGCAGAAGAGCCUGUUCAAGGUGGGCCCGCAGGACGGGAAGAUCACUGCGCUGGGCGGCCUGGACAGUGGCAAGUACGUACUCAACGUUUCGGUGAGCGAUGGGCGCUUCCAAGUGCCAGUGGACGUGGUGGUGCAGGUGGAGCAGCUGGCGCCCGAGGCCCUGCGCCACACGGUCACGCUGCGCCUGCAGGGCCCGUCCCCGGAGGACUUCGUGGGGCUGCACCUGCGCGCGUUCCGGCGGGCCCUGCGGGCCGCAGUGCUAGCACAGAAGCAGGACCGCCUGCACCUCAUCAGCGUCCAGCCCGCGGGCCCCGGCCAGCUGGAUGUGCUGUUCGCCGCCGAGACGCGGGCCGGUGACUUCUACAAGCCGGCCUACUUGGUGCAGAAGCUGUCCGGCGCACGCAGGCACCUGGAGACCGCAGUGCACAUCACGGCCAUCCUGGAGAAGAACUGCUCGGGGCUGGGCUGCCGUGAGCAGCACUGCGAGCAGGGGCUGGCGCUGGACGCGCAUGCACUGCUCACCUACAGCACGGCCCACGUCAGCCUCGUGUGCCCACGCUUCUACCGCAGCGCCCGCUGCACCUGUGACGGAGGACUGUGCCCUGGGUCCAGAGACCCCUGUGUAGAGAAGCCGUGUCCUGUGGAUAUGCAGUGUGUGGGUUACGAAGCCGGGAGGAGACCCUUUCUCUGCCAGUGUCCACUGGGGAAGCUGGGAGAGUGCUCAGGACACACUUCUCUCAGCUUUGCUGGCAACAGCUACAUCAGAUACCGGCUCUCUGAAGACAGCAGAGAGGAGGAGUUCCGGCUGGCCCUGCGCCUGCGCACCCUGCAGAGCAACGGCAUUGUGAUGUAUGCCAGGGCCAACCCCUGCAUCAUUCUGAAGAUCGUGGACGGCCGGCUGUGGUUCCAGCUGGACUGCGGCUCAGGCCCCGGCAUCCUGGGCAUCUCGGGCCGCACGGUCAGUGACGGGAGCUGGCACUCGGUGUCCCUGGAGCUCAACCGCAACGUCACCAGCCUGUCCCUGGAUGACAGCUAUGUGGAGCGCCGCCGCGCGCCCCUCUACUUCCAGAAGCUGCGCGCCGACAGCGCCGUGUACUUCGGGGCGCUGGUGCAGGCCGAGCCGGGGGCCACGCGGGCCACGCCGGUGCUCGGCGGCUUCCAGGGCUGCCUUGACGCCGUGCUGCUCAACGGCCACGAGCUGCCACUGCAGAACAAGCGCAGCAGCUUUGCCGAGGUGGUGGGCCUGACGGAACUCAAGCUGGGCUGUGUGCUGUACCCAGACGCCUGCUCCCAAGGCCCCUGCCAGCAUGGGGGCAGCUGCGCCAGCCUGCCCUCGGGGGGCUACCAGUGCACCUGCCUCUCCCAGUUCACUGGGAGGAACUGUGAGGCGGAGAUCACGGCCUGCUUCCCAAACCCCUGCCGGAACGGAGGUUCAUGUGAUGCCAUGGGGAACACCUUCCUCUGCAGCUGCAAGGCGGGGCUCACAGGGGUCACGUGCGAGGAGGACGUGGACGAGUGCGCGCGCGAGGAGUGCGAGAACGGCGGCGCGUGCGUGAACCUGUUCGGCUCGUUCGCCUGCAACUGCUCCCGGGGCUUCGUGGGCCCACGCUGCGCGCUGCGCCCGGUGCUGGUGCCCGACAUCCGCGCGGGCCAGGCCUACGUGGGCAAGGAAGAGCUGGUGGGCAUCGCGGCCGUGCUGCUGCUGCUGCUGCUGCUCGUGGCGUUGUUCGCCGCGCUGCGCCGCCGCGUGUUCCGCAAGCACUACUCCCGCAACGACAUCGCGCUGGUGCGGGACCCCGCGGCCGCUGCGCUGCUGCGCAAGACCGGCGGCCCUCUGCGCCGCCCGCACCGCCCGCCCGGGCCCCCGCAGGUGCCGGUGCGGCCCCUGGCCUACACGCCCUGCUUCCAGAGCGACUCCCGCGGACAGCUGGACAAGCUGGCCGAGCCUCCCGAGCACCAGGAGCUCAGCACCUUCCACCCCGAGUCCCCGCGCAUCCUGACGGCGCGCCGCGGCGUGGUGGUGUGCAGCGUGGCCCCGCACCUGCCCGUGUCGCCCUGCCGCUCCGACUGCGACUCCCUCCGCAAGAACGGCUGGGACGCAGGCCCCGACGAUAAGGCGGCAGAGGACCUGGGUGAGGUGACAUGCUUUGCAGACAGCAAUAAAGGCAGCAACUCAGAGGUGCAGUCACUCAGCUCUUUCCAGUCUGACUCUGGAGAUGACAAUGCGUCCAUAGUGACUGUCAUUCAGCUUGUCAACAAUGUCGUUGACUCGAUAGAGAACGAAGUGUCUAUCUUGGACCAAGGACAGAACUACAACCGAGCCUACCACUGGGACACAUCCGACUGGAUGCCAGGCGCCCGCCUGUCAGACAUUGAGGAGGUGCCGCACUACGAGGGCCCCGAGGCGGGGCCAGGGGCCGCACACGAGCUGGAGAGCGACUACUACCUGGGUGGCUACGACGUGGACAGCGAGUGCCCGCCACCGCCGCAGGAGGACGAGGACUUCCUGGGCCGAGACCCCUUGCCACCCCCGCUGCCCGAUGACUUCCCCCCGCGUCUGGACAGCCCCCUGGCUGGCAGCCUGAGCCCCGGCUGCAGGAGGAGGGCCCACUUCCACCCCAGCCAGUACCUGCCCCCACACCCCUGCCCCCAUGACCCACUGUCUGGGGGCCCCACAGACGGGCCUCGGUCCCUGCAUAGCUCCAGAGCCGCCUCGUCCCCUGAUGUGUCCCAGGGCUGCACGGACGAGGAGGCCCCAGGUGGCGGCGUGGGGAGCAGGGAAGGACCAGGUCAGGGCCACCUCCACCUACCCUUCCUGGAGACGCAGCACCAGACACAGGUGUAGUCCCCUACUGCAGGGACCAGAGGGGCAGGACCCAGUGAGCAGGCAACACAGUCUCCACUCGGCCUGGAGCCAGCCUCAGCGCCACACGCCGAGGACCCUGCAGAGACACGCAGAGGCUCGGAAACUGGUCCUGAGAGGCCCCCCGCAGAGCCUGGAUCACACCUGGGCUUGGAAGGGGACGUGUGGCCUGGGAUGGACGUGAGUCCCGGGCUAGACUUGUGGCCCAAGCUGGACGUGAGUCCCAGGAUGGAUGUGUGGCCUGGGCUGGACCUGAGUCCUGGCCUGGACCCCAUCCUCCAGCCCCAAGGCCAAGCAGCAGCCUGGGGUAUGGAGAGCCAAGGGGAGUUCAGGGAGAAGGGAAGGCGUGGGGACUUAGCCCUGUAGGCAACAGAAAGAGUAGUAUUAAACAAGCAAGGAAAUGGGCUAAAGCCUUGAAAAUCAACUUUUUGACAAGCUGCCCAAUUUCCAACUAUGAAGUAUUUCAUGCACCAGUUAUUUUCGGUUGUUUGUGUUCAGUAUCCAAUAUUGUGCUUUGAGAAGGCACUGCUGGAUGGCAAUACUGAUGUCUGGGCUUCCUUGGGGGUGGGGCUGGGGUGGUUGCUAUGUGAGCAUGAGGAAGAAAGUGGCUGUUUCUGUGUUUUCUAGUAAAUAGUCCUAGCUGUCACUGCAAUUUGAACAUUGCUACAAAAUUGGCCUUUGUUUUGAGAAUCAGGAAAUGAGAAACAUUUUUUGCUACAUUAUUUUCUAGAAUGAGAGUUCUUUGUUUGAUCAAAAAUUUACAAAUGUUGGGGGUCACUGUAGUACUUCCUGAGUUUUCAGCAGGAUAAUCACUACUCUUGAUACUGCAGAUCACAGGUAUGUUGGUUGUUUACUAUUAUUUUUUUUCCAGACUGGUAGAGUUGCUACUUUAAGUACAGUUGUGUUUAAGGGCUGCAGACGGACUGUGUGCAGAGCUUGUCGUCGUGUGUGUGUGGGUCUCGGGGCAGAUGUGCCCUGCACCCCAUGAGGCUGCUCUGGAGGGAAGCUGAUGUGAGGGCCGUAGGGUACAGUCUGCUGGUCCUGCUGGUACAGCUGACCUUCUAGUUUCUCUGAUCAGGAUGCUAGAGACACACCAAAUGCCAUAUCUUACUCUGGUCCAUGUAACUUUAUUUUGUACUGCCAUUUAUAUUACCUAAAAGAAAACUGCCUUUAAAAAAGCCAAUACUUUGUUAGAAUUCCCAGAUCUGGGCCCUCACUGAAACCACAUGUUGGUCACACACUGGGGCUGACCUCUCACCCCCCGAGUGGACUUUGACCAUGUGUCUCCCCAUGGCGGGAAGCAGCCAGCCCACUGCGAGAAAGAACUAGAGUGGAUGCCCCCUGAGGGCCAGGGCCCACGAGGAAAGUGACCAAAUGCACAUUUGCACACCCCUUUCUUGAGCAGCCUGUGUGCCCACGGUUCCUGAGCACGUGUGGUCACACUGGCGUAGGUUGUGCCGUCCCAAGUCUGUCUUGUCCCCUCGGAGGAUGUCUGGUCAUUUCUGUUUGUUUAACGCGCUUCUCAGUAGGAAGUCAGUGUCUCUGAAGUUUAGUGUGAAAAGCUCCCUUUUCCCUCCUGAGCUUUGAGCUUCUUUUUGAGCUCCUCUCUGUCUCUUGCUCAGUCCCCUCAGGAAGAACUAUCUGCACCAUGAUCUUGAAGUCAAUGUCUUUCACUAAGGCUACUUUGGAGAACGAAGUCUUUGGUGUUUUCCUUAUGUAAGAAGCACAUUUGCAAGAAUCACAGAGAAAAUGAUGAACUAAUGAUCUAGAGUAGAAUCACUGCUCCACUCGUAAUGAUGCAAUAACAAAAACAACAACAAAAAAAAACACCAGAAUAAAACCAACAGUUCAUUUCUUCCCCCAAGACAUAUUAGGUGACAAGGGCCCUGGUUUCAAUGCUGACUCUGCUGAUGCAGUAUCUCCUGGGGACAGAGUGUCCUUGCCCUAACCUCUCCCCAGGGCCCUGUCUGGUGCUCAGCUCUAUGUGGGGGACCCCAGGACAGGGUGCCCCACUCCACCCUACACCCUCCCCAGGGCCCUCCUGGUGCUCUGCUGAGCAGCUCUAUGUGGGGGACCCCAGGACACACACACACACACACAAACACACACCACUGCAAACACACACACACUGCAAACACACAUUUGGAGCACUAGAUUUCCCAGGUUUUGAAAUGGUCCACAUCCAUGUCAAGAUGGAGCUCAGUGGGAUGACUGUGGAUCAAAGAGCUAGAAGGUCCUUGGGUCUGUGUCCACAUGCCCAGAGAGGGCAGGGACAGGCCCCAGAACACACAGCAAGUUAGGUGUGAGUGGGUUCACCUUUCUCUGUGACACUGUUGCCCCACUCUGCCCUGGACUUGGAUCUGCCUGCUCCUGGCCCCUCUGACUGCCCCCCCUCCCCCCUGCUUAGAAGAGAGCACUCAUGAGAAUGCUGCCCAGUGCCUGAUCCUCCCAUUUCCCUGCAGCCCCUGCUGGAAGGAUACAGUGAGAGAAGCCCUGUACUUCUUUGGCUUCUAUCAGAACAGUGCUUUUACCAAAUGAAUGUUCUCUAAAUGAGGAUGGAAUGAUAAUUAUAGAACUGAACUCAGAGCAGUCCUCAAGUAUAGUGGACUUGGAUUAUUAUGUCACCCCUGGGUGCACUGUUCUCCCUACCCCAUCCUUGUUUCUCCCCUCCCCUCCUCUCCCCUUCCCCUGUGCACUUUCUUCCAUAAACAUUGUGCUCAAGGCUCCCUCCACUCAGCCCCUGUCCUCUUAGCCUGCGUGCUCAGGAAUGACGUCUGAGGGGCAUGUAGCAUGUGCCCAAGUGUGUGCCUGAGGGUCCGUGUGAAGGCCUAGUUUGAGCGUCUGGCUCUCCCGAGGGUGUUCCCCGGGGCAGACCAGGAAGUAUGUUGCCAGCCCCUUGUUGUCAGGGAGAGGAAAAUAUCUCCACGCAGAUCAGUGAGGCCCAGAGCACUUGCCCGUCAGCUCAGGGUGACCCCAUGUCCUGUGUCCUCGCUGCCGCCCACUGGGGCACCCACUGCACCACAGGCAGGGAGCCAGGCGGAUGUUGGUGGUGAUUUCACGGCAUGGAAAUGGUCCAAGGACCACUUCCUCAGUGCCAACAUUCUCUGCGGUCUGUGAGAACGUGUGUGUGUGUGUGUGUGUGUGUGUGUGUGUGUCCUGCACGCCAUGCUGGUGGGGCUCCUCGAGGAGGUCAGUCAGCAAGUGACUGAGGGUGAAAGGCACCGUCUGUGGGCUGGGCAUCAGCUGAGUCAGCUGGCUGCCAGGAAGGGAGAGAAGAGGACUCCUCUUCCUUAUAGGAUACUGAAAAGCAAUAAUUAUGAAUAUGUAAUGUUCCACAAAGGCCAUAAUUAGUCUCUCCCCGUGUUAGGAUGCACUAGAGAAUUAUGGAGUUGUUUGGAGUGUGUUUGGACCCAUUAGUCUUACUGUCAUCCCAGCAAACAGAUAGCUGGAUUGCUACCAUUUCACCGUUUUUAUGAGCCCAUACUACUGCAUUUCAGGAAGUGACAAAGGUGUCUGGGAAUGGAAGCAGCUCUUUGAAGCACUGUACCAGAGAGAUUGUCCUGUAAAUUCUCCUGCUGCGAGCAGGCUUCUUUGUAAAAGAUGUACGUUUUGGUGUUUGAGUGUUUAUGAAGCUGUACAUAAUGGUUCUGAUUUUCCAGGCUUUUGUAGAUACUGUAUUUGAUGCCUAUCAGGAUGCUUUAAUUUGGGGGUUCAAAUGCAAGUCACCCUUGCUGUUAUUCUGGAAAACCUUUGAGGUAACUACACACACUUACACGCACACACACAAGAUUUUAGAUUUGAAAAUGGUGUUUUUUAAUCACUUCAAAAUGUACUGUAUCCUUUGUUUGGUUCUACUAUUUUCAUUGAACUUUC